AGCCUCGGAAUCGAAAGGAGCCGCCGUCGGGGCCGGGGUCCCCGCGCGGUCAUGGGCCCGCGGGCGCUGCUGCGCCUCUGGCUGCUUUGCUGCUGCUGCUGCUGCUGCGGCGCCGGCCACGGCGCGGGGUCCGGAGCCACCUUCGCCCCAGCGGAGCCGCCGAGCCGCGAGCCACGGGCCGCCGCCUUCCGGGAAAGUCUUAGAAGACAACGAUACUUGAAUUCUUUAUUUCCUAGUGACAACUCCACUGCUGUUUAUGGAGUAAAUCAGUUUUCCUACUUGUUUCCUGAGGAGUUUAAAGCUAUUUAUUUAAGAAGUAAGCCUUCCAGCCUUCCGAGCUAUUCACCAGAAGUAGAGAAAGCUAUCUCCAGCGUGUCUUUGCCAUUAAGGUUUGAUUGGAGGGACAAACAUGUCGUCACACCAGUGAGAAACCAGCAGAUGUGUGGAGGAUGCUGGGCUUUCAGUGUGGUGGGUGCAGUGGAAUCAGCUUUUGCAAUAAAAGGGAAACUUCUGGAAGACUUGAGUGUACAGCAGCUGAUAGACUGCUCUUAUAAUAAUUACGGCUGCAAUGGAGGUUCUCCUCUCGGAGCUUUGAAAUGGUUAAAUAAGACUCAAGUAAAACUGGUGAGAGAUUCUGAGUAUCCAUUUAAAGCACAAAAUGGUAUCUGCCAUUAUUUUUCUGCUUCACAUUCUGGACUUUCAAUCAAAGGUUAUUCUGCAUAUGACUUUGGUGGCCAAGAAGAUGAAAUGGCAAAAGCUCUGCUUGCAUUUGGCCCAUUGGUAGUGAUAGUUGAUGCAGUGAGCUGGCAAGAUUAUCUUGGAGGCAUAAUACAGCAUCAUUGCUCUAGUGGAGAAGCAAACCAUGCAGUUCUCAUCACUGGGUUUGAUAAAACAGGAAGUAUUCCAUAUUGGAUUGUGCGGAAUUCCUGGGGCAGUUCCUGGGGAAUUGAUGGCUAUGCCCAUGUUAAAAUGGGAGAGAAUAUUUGUGGUGUUGCAGAUUCAGUUUCUGCUGUACUUGUGUGAAAUACUGAACAGGUCAAGAGACAUCUACAUCCCUCAAAAGGGCCCAGGUCUGGAGUAUUUUAACUGAGUUCUAGAAAUUCCUUUAAAGAGAUGUGGACAAUCAAGGUCGUCAUGAAGACCAGCAGCAUCCACAGCCAGGAGAAAUCUCAGGAAAGUUCCUAUACUGGCAUGAGAGUCAGGCUCGGAGACAUUUUAAGUGUUUUCACUUUGAAAAGGCUGUUAUCGAGUUUGGUUUAAUCAUUGGUUUUGUCUUCUAUUUGUUUAUUUUAAUGACAUACUUCCUAUGGGAAUAUAAAGUAAUUAGAAUUUAUUGUCUUUUGUGAGCUAGGGUAGCCCCAUAUAAGAAUAAGCAAAUUAGUUUUUAUGUAAUCAACUUGGUUAUACCAAUUUAAAAUCACAUGUGCCUUUCCAAAUCAUGAGCCAUUGAAGUGGAGGUGCAAUAAAGAUUUUUAAAAUCAAUUAAUUUACAUUAACUAAUGGCGCUUUGUCCCUUGGAUUUUAUGAAAUUAACUCAAAAAUAUUCUUUAUUUUUUUAAUUAUAGUGAAGGUCACAUCCAGUGAUGCUCUGGAGCUACUUGGUUUCAGGGAUCCAACUCAGGGCAUCACACAUACAAAUAUGUGUCCUGUCACUUGAGACUUUUUCCUGGCCCCCAAAUUAUUCAUUGUGUAUUGAGUUGAUUAGAAAUACCAAGAAAAAUAAAUAUAUUUGAAUAAUAAAUGAUAGAAUUAUCUAAGUGUGACAAAAAGUAAUUUGCCUUUGUUGUUCUAGUUUGUGCUUAUUUACUUAUUUCUUUAUAAUGUAAAUGCUUUCUGGUACUGUCUAAAUACAAAAAAGUAUGGCUUUUUGAUUAGCACCUUAGUGUCUUGAAUGAUUAACAUUUCUAAGUUCUUCAAGAUUUUGAUGAUAUUUAUAAUAAAACAAACUUUAUUUUUAACUUGGGUUAUGAAAAAUAAGCCUGUAAGUGUAUGAU